UCCGGAGGCUUCCUUCGUGUCGCUGCCGCCCGUGAGGCGGUCCUCCAUUCCGAUGCACAGAUUCCCCCAGCCCGCCCGCCGGCCUCCCCCCACACCAAAAACAAAAUCCUGAUCCUCCCUCUCUCGGCGAAUCCGCCCGCCUCCAUGCUCCGAAUCGUGCUGUUCUCCGCGAUCCUUGUCUCCUCGGCGAUCCGGCUCGGGGACGCCCAUGGGGACCACGGCGAGGAGGCGGGGGGGAGCUGCGAGAUGAGCCCCAACGUGCGGGUCCUCGCCGAGUACCUCCCCGGAGUCGUCACCAUCGACGGCCAUGCCGACGACUGGGCCGACAUCGACGGGUCCGAGUUCCCUCUGCUGCCCGCCCUCGAUCCCGACAAGGAUAAAGCCUAUGCCGGCGGCCAGAUGACCGUUAAGGCUGUGCAUGAUGGUAGUAAUGUUUUUUUCAUGCUACAAGUUGAUGGGGAGUUUGCAUACUCAAAGGGUGAAAACACAAAAUGUCCCUCCGUUGCUCUCAUGUUUCAAGUUGGGGAGAACGCCUCAUAUCAUAAUAUGGGAGGGUGUGUAGACAUGCCUGGUACAUGCACCAAUAAAAGCUGCCGCGGCCAUGAAGUGGACAUUAUGCAUUUUUCAAUUGGAAAUGCUAUUCCUGGACGGUUAUAUGGUGGCAAUCUUAUAGACAAUAAUGAUGGAAAUGGAAAUGAUAGGUUUGGUCAUCUGGUUGAUGUAUAUGCAUGGAACCCACAUUGUCGAUACCUUGAUGGAAAGGGUCCAGGAAAUGGCUCAAAUGCUCAAAACGAUUGGCAUGGCGCUUGGUGGCACAGUAGCCUAACAUUUCAUUCAGGCUAUUUGGAAGAAGACAGCCCUUAUGCAAGAAGUGAUCAGAAGGGCACCUACAUUUUUGAGUUCUCAAGACCGUUGAGGACAAUGGAUCGUUUCCAACAGGAUGUUCAGUUUACAAUCAGUCAGGCCAGCAAGAUGGCUGUUGCUUUCUGGUACCCAACUCCUGGGAAUCCAUGGAGUGGGUCACAACACUAUUCAGCUAGUUGCAACUGGCUGCCUGUAGAUAUUGCAUCACCUAAUGGACCAUCUGUUUCCCGGGUAAGAUCGAGCAGCUCAUGGGAUGCUGCCACUGCCUUCGCAUUGCUCCUCUCUGUGGUCUCCUUCUGCAUGUCUGUUUUCAUUGGAUACUGGGUUUCCAAAACCAAGGCUGUUCCUUUCACACCAAUUGAUCAUCUUUAAUGAGCAUCAUGCAAUGGAUUAUUUGUUUCUGGGGUAAGAUCAAGGAGCUCAACGAAUGCUGCAUAUGCCUUCAACUUGCUCCUCACUGUGGUCUCCUGCCUCUGUUUUCAUGGGAUACUGGGUUUCUAAAAACAAGGCUGAGCGACAACAAUCCAUCAUCUAUACUGAGUGUGAAGAACCACAUGCUUCUGCUGUAUGCCUGUAUCCUUUUAUGUUCUAGUAUUUAAUGAGAGUUUCAAUGCUGAUCUGGAGGUGAAUUAAUUUACUGAGUCACACAUUCUUUCAUUUAUUUUCUUGUUGACAUUGCCAUAAGAACUUUUUCCAGUGACGUUGUGUUGUGUGGUUUGCUUUCUCUUUUUAAAUGAUGUCUAGAUUUGAAAAACUCGACCUUGGAGUAUAGAGACUGAUGGGGCAGUUGUCCUUGUGUGGUUAGUUGACUUAUGAUUAGAGAUAUGAAUGGAUAAUGCUAUUUUGAAUUGA